AUGAACGGGAUGAACGGCGGGCAGAUGCCCGCGAUGGUCGGCUUCCCAACGCCAGCCGGCCACCAGGCGGAGCUCACCUACAUCUAUGGGAUGGUCGAGGAGCUGAGCAGGCAGCUUGCAGAGAACAAGCGCGUGCUCGAGGACGUGGUAGCGGGCGUCGGUCGCGUACGGAGUCGCGCGAGAGCGCAGUCGCUGGGGAACGAGGAGCUAAUAGCGUCGGCAAGCGACGACAUCAACUCACAAGAAGGGAACAUGGACACCCUCAUAUCCCUCCUUUCCGAAGCCCUCGAGAAAGCGAAAUACAGUCGCGACGCAAACGCCGCCCUCCUCACACAGUACGCCUCAGUGAUCGCGACGAUGCUGAAGCAGUUCCACGAAUACAAAUCAAAACACGUGACGGACGUCAACACCUGGCAUCGUAGCUACCGAGCGCAGCUGGCGGAGGCGCGGGCGGAGAACAGCAGACUGCGCGAGCAGAUCUGGGAGAUGCAGCAACACGCGGGCAAGGCGAACGAGAACCUACGGCGCUUUCGUACAAAGUAUGAUGAGGACGAGGCGCGGUGGGAGAAGCGGGUGGAUAUGAAGUCGAUACGCCAGGAACUGCGGUUCUGGAAGAGGCUAGCCAUGCCGGAGAUGGCGGACGAUGACCCGUACUGGAGCGAUGACGAUGAUCUAAUAGAUCCAGCAGAGAAGGAUAGGUUGCGUGAUCUACGGGACAUGGAAAAGAAAGCAGCUCAGGAUCAACUUGCAGGUGCUGGGGUUGCUCUAGGUGAUCAGCAGCCUGGUGGUGAGGAGCAGGAUGCUUCACAACUGCAACAAGCGCAGACUGCAAAUCUGCUGGGAGGUACGCCAAUGCAGCGGGACGACGGUAGCGGGAUGACGCUUUCUCAAGCGGGGGAAAAGUUUCGUACCGAUGCACCACCACGGCCACUAUCAGACUGA